GAAACAGAAACCCAAGUACAGAAACAGAAAGUCACUGCAGAGAUAUCUAUGUCAAGUGUAAAAAGAGGGGGGAAAAGCAGAGCAAAAUCCUGAAAAGAUUCCCUUUUUUUUUCAUAAAUACAAUACAAUCAGUUCAAAAUAUAAACACCUGUCUAUGAGAGUCCAUUACUUGUCAAGCUCUCUCUUUCUCGUGACCAUAAUUCAAGAUUUCCCCUUUUUUUUUAUCCCUAAACUCUCCUCCUCUUUUCUUCACAAUUAACCUACUUGCCACUCUCACACCCAACAAUAAAUCCUCUCUUAAAAAAACCCUUUUCAGUCUUCCUCCCUUCGCUCUCUCUAAUAAAAAUCCCAACUUUCUGUCACUUUCCCGAGAAACAUCAGGACUUUCCGGGAAAAUUUCCAAACAUUUCUUUUUUAAUGGAGGCACUACCGGACCACCUCCGGUGCAAGAGAACAGACGGCCGGCAAUGGCGGUGCAACCGGCGGGUGAUGGAGGAUAAGAAGCUCUGUGAAAUUCACCACCUUCAAGGCCGCCAUAGGCAGUAUAGAAGGAAAGUUCCAGAGAAUUUGAAAUUGCAGAGAAAGAAGAGCAAGAAAUCAGCAACAUCAAGUUCUAAUGCUGAAACCCUAAUUAGGGUUUCAUCAAAAGAGGGGAAAUUAGGGAAAUUUAAGAAGAAAGGAAAGAAAUUGAAGAGAGGGGAUUUACAGUUGGAUUUGAUUAGGAUGGUUUUACAGAAAGAAAUGGAGAAAAGUAAGAAAAGGAAAAGUUUUUCAGAGAAAGUAAGUGUUGAUAAUGGUGAUGAUAAUGAUAAUGUGAAUGACUGUAGUGAGAGUGAAGAAGGAGAAGGAGAAGAGUUAAUGAGAAAUUUGCCAAAUGGGUUCAUGGCAAUAUCACCUGCUAAGAGUUUUGGGAAUGGCAAUGUGGGUUGUUCUAGUUCACAUUGUGAUAUUAAGAUUGGAGGAGAUGUUUUUAACGGGGCUAGUACUGCUAGAAGAUGUUUUAGGUCUAAAAAUGUUGAGCCAAUGCCAAUUGGGAAAUUGCAGGUUUUGCCGUAUAAGAGGGAUGGAGUGAGAUUGAGGAAGGGGAAGAGGAAGAAGUGCCACUGGUGUAGGAGUAGUAGAUCGAGGACAUUGAUUAGGUGUUCGAGUUGUCGGAAAGAGUAUUAUUGCUUGGAUUGCAUCAAAGAGCAGUAUUUGGAAACACAAGAAGAAGUUAGGAUGGAAUGUCCUAUGUGUCGUGGAACUUGCAGCUGUAAGGUCUGCUCAGCGAUUCAAAGUAGGGACAUUGCAUGUAAGGACUUGUCCAAGGAGAAAAGUGAAGUAGACAACGUUUUACAUUUUCAUUAUUUGAUUUGCAUGCUUCUUCCCAUACUGAAACAAAUAAAUCAAGAUCAGAGCAUUGAGCUAGAAAUAGAGGCGAAAAUAAAAGGCCAGAAGCCUUCUGAAGUUCAAAUCCAGCAGGCUGAAGUCAGCUGCAAUAAGCAAUGUUGCUGCAAUAACUGCAAGACUUCCAUAGUGGAUUUCCAUAGGAGCUGUCCUGAGUGUUCCUAUAACCUUUGCUUAAGUUGUUGUCGGGAUAUUUUUCAUGGGGGCGUACAUGGAGGUGUUAAAACUCUUUUAUGCAAAUGUCCAAAUGGAAGGAAAGCUUGUAUACCUGGCAAACGACUUUCGGAAAGGAAAUCACUUUGUACCACAAAGCGGAGUUACAGCAGCAAAUAUCUUGGUUCGACAUUCUCACCUUGUCGGAGUGCUGUGGAUCGUAAUGGUGGUAUACCUUGUCCCUCUAGAAAGUUUGGAGGUUGUGGUGGUAGCCUACUUGAUUUGAGUUGCAUUUUCCCCUUAUGUUGGACAAAAGAUCUGGAAGUAAGUGCAGAAGAAUUAGUUGGCUGCUAUGAGUUACCAGAAACCUUGGAUGUUCAAUCAUGUUGCUCAUUAUGUGUUGGGAUGGAUUGUGAAUCUAACGGUAUUGAACAGCUGCAAGAAGCAGCUGCAAGAGAAGAUUCUGGUGAUAACCUUUUAUAUUAUCCAACCAUCAUGGAUGUUCGCAGUGAUAACCUAGAACACUUUCAGAAGCACUGGGGCAGAGGUCAGCCUGUGAUAGUUCGUAAUGUGCUUCAGAGUACAUCUGAUUUGAGUUGGGAUCCAAUAGUCAUGUUCUGCAAUUAUCUUAAGAAUAAUGCUGCCAGAUCUCAAAAUGGGCAAGCUACAGAUUGCUCGGACUGGUUUGAGGUAGAAAUUGGUAUAAGACAGAUGUUUAUGGGGUCUUUUAAGGGCCUGACGAAUGCCAACAUAUGGCAUGAGAAGCUGAAAUUGAAGGGUUUGCUUUCUUCUUAUUUAUUCCAAGAACAUUUUCCAGUUCAUUAUAGUCACGUCCUUCAGGCUCUACCACUUCCAGAAUACAUGGACCCCAUUUCAGGUGUUCUAAACAUUGCUGCAGAUUUGGGGCAGGAAACCUCAAAGUCUGAUCUGGGUCCUUGUCUUUAUAUCUCAUAUGGAAGUGGUGAGAAUCUUUCACAGGCUGAUUCUGUGACAAAACUGCGUUAUAAUUCAUAUGAUGUGGUUAAUAUUUUGGCACAUGCUACUGAUGUCCCUGUAUCUACAAAACAGCUUAAUUACAUAAGAAAGUUAAUGACAAAGCACAAGGACCAGAAUAAAGAGAGCGGAGAAGCACCUUUAGAUGAGGAAAACAUUGAAGUGGAAUUGCAUGAUAUGUUCAGAGAAGAUAUGCAAGUAAACAAGAAAGUUGCUAGAGUAUCCUGGUUCUCUGCUGCAAGACAUGAAACUCAUGCUUCAAAUCUGAAAGAUAGAGACGUGUUCCAUAAUGGGGAUUCUGGUUCUGAUUCUGAUUCUGAUUCUCACACUGAUACUGAUACUGAAGUCUCAAAAUUUUUCUUUGGACCUGUUAAAAGUUCAAGGUCAUCAGAUAAUCUUAAGUUUCAUGGGAAUCACUCGGAGACUUCCAAUCAUUUCAUAUCCGAGUCUUGUGGUGCCCAAUGGGAUGUCUUUCGUAAACAGGAUGUUCCCAAGCUUGUAGAAUACCUUAGAAGGCACUCUAAUGAGUUCACUCACACAAACGGCUUCCAAAAGCAUAUGGUUCAUCCAAUACUUGAUCAGAAUUUCUUUCUUGAUGCAUAUCAUAAAAUGAGACUGAAGGAGGAGUUCAAAAUUGAACCCUGGAGUUUUGAUCAACAUAUUGGAGAAGCAGUGAUUGUUCCUGCUGGAUGCCCUUACCAAAUUAGAAAUCUUAAGUCAUGCGUCAGCGUGGUUCUGGACUUCCUCUCGCCAGAAAAUGUUACUGAAUGCAUUCAGUUGAUGGAUGAAUUUCGACAACUUCCAGAGAACCAUAAGGCCAAAGUUGACAGUUUAGAGGUGAAGAAAAUGGCAUUGCACAGUAUCAGUAGAGCAGUCAGAAAAAUUCAUGAGCUUACACGGGCAGAGACCAGCAUGGACCUCAAUGGCUAACUGCAAGGACUGAAAACGGAAAGAUAAUUCAUAGAAGGGAAGAACCUGACGUGGAGGCAUUGAGCUUCUGCUGCUGUUACUAAAAUGAAUCGUGCAGGGUAUUGGUCUCUGCUGCGACCGUCUUUUUUUUUUUUCGCAAGCAGAAAUUUUGAUAGAUCUCCUCUCUUCAAUGAUUAAAAGGCUAAUUUUCGCAGAUCUCUCAUUCAUGGUGAAAAACACCAACUUUUUGUUAUCAAAAAUUUGCAUUGGUUUCCUCAUUUUCUGCAACAACUUGUACAUGGGUUCAUUAAGGUUAGCAUUUUCUCCCCUUGUUGCAACAGCACGUAUAUAUGAUCGAUCCAUUCGACUGUAUAUAAUGACUAAUCAGUUUGGUUGUAAUAAUGAUUGAUUCUUUAGUUCUUUUCUUAUAUAUAUACAACCUUGUGAUAGUUUCUUCA